GAUUGCAAUACAUUUCGGCUGUAACUGCUGCAAGGUCAUGAUUUCAAGUGGAUGAGAGAGGGAAGAGUGAGACCCACAAACCAUCUCCAAGCAGUGAGGCUGGUUGUUACUUUUCACAGGCAAAGUGAAGAAUAAAAGGCAGAAUUAGACUAGUCCAUUUAAUGUUAAGGCAAGGUAGCUAGUACAGUCUGUGAAGUCACCCAAUAAAUGCUAUAAAUAUCCACAGAGGGAAACGGAGUCCCUACUAGGCAACUGUAAAGCAAACUGCAGGGUAUUUUUGAAGCUGCCAUCCAAAAAUACAAAGAAAAGUGUGACAAGUCUACUUAAAAACCAAAAAUGGAACAGAUGAGCACUUAGUCUCUGCUGUGAUUUAGGGCUCCAGUGGCAGGUCCUCCCACUGAAGCGUCUGUGUAAAAGAAUGCUUUGCCCAGACUCUUGUGGAAGUUCAGAAAUCCUUCUGUGGUCAGCAGCAUCUUCAUGCUUGGUUGAAAGAAAAAAAACCACCAAAACAAGCACUGAUGUCUCAGUACACAGUGGAACUUCUGGCAAGGCUGCAGAUCAGAUUUGGUGGUGUGUUUCUGACUGCUUUGUGCUUCUUAGCAAUGCAAAGCAGCUGUAAAGCCCUUUUAGUCAGCUGCUCAACCCGCAGUUACAGCUGCUUUGCAUCGCUAGAGUGGUGCAGAGCAGCCAGAGCGCGUCUGCGUUGCGUGUUUGCAUACAGCUUUUUCAAGAAGGCAAUUCACCUGGCACGCAAGCAGCAGUCUUGGAUCUGGCAAAGGUAUACAGGUGAAUGAGAGCUCUCACAGCAUAAUCAAGUCAUAGCCUAAUUGCAGGCUAGGCCUUAAACUGUGGGGUUUGUAUUUAAUUGUGAAGUUUAUCUUUUGUACUAUCAUUCUCUUCGAGCAACACUACACUUACCGUAUGUACCACGUAGAGCAUUACUUAUAUUUCACUUUUUUGCGUGUGUGUGCAUUUUCCCAUUUUUUCUGUGAUUUCCAUUAUUUUCAUUCGACCUGCUAAGGCAGCAGUGUGUAUUUUUAGGCACGUUCCUCAAGUGCACAUUAUGCUGCUGCUCACUCUGCACUGCCAGGGUGCCAGGUGCCCUUCUGGGGGCUCCUACUGUGCCCGAGCAGAGCUGGCAGAACUCUGGCAGUGAAGGUCAAGGCCAGGAACGGCCUCCCCUGUUCUCCGUCGGUGUAGAGGGGCCCCCGUCAGCCGGCUCUGCUGCCCGGGCCCUGUGCACAACCCCCCGCCCCGGUGACUCAUGGCCCUGCGGCCCCAGCCCUGGGCACCGUACGAGCUCCAGUGUCCCAGCCCAGUGUUGGAGGGCAGCAGACGGUAACCGGGAGGAGAGGCAGAGCCCCGGUCCCCCGCUGCCGCCGUCGGGCCUCACCGCGACGUCCCUGGGCCGGUUCGUGGCUCCGGCGGGUCCCGGGGGGCGGUGGAUGCUGCGGUGCCGCCCCGGUGGGGUCCCUCUCUCAGUCCGCAGCGGAGGGGCUCCUACAGCCGCUUUGUGGGUUUUUAUUUUCUUUCUCUCUCUCUCCCAAUCCGUCCAACCUUUCCUUUUUAAAAAAAGAUAACUUUUUUCCUUCUUUACUUUUUUUUUUUUUUUUCCCCCUGCAAGAGCCACGCCGUGGAAAGACGGGGUGGUGGAGGAGGGAGAAACCCCUCCCCUUCCCCUCCCCCGUGGCUCCUUCCUCGGAAAAGAAACACUUGGGGGGUUUCCUCCCCUCCGCUCCCCGGAGCCGAAGCCGCCGCCGCGGCGCCCGCCCGCCCCGCGGCCGAGGAGGGCCCGCCGGGCAGCCGCGCCGCCUCCGGAUGGAUCUGCUCAUAGGUAAAGCUUUGCAAAAACUGCAAAGUGCCACAUCGGAGCUCUUGAAUUGGGACCAUUUCCAGGCCUGAUGUCCAGAAACUCAUCCCUAUGGGUGGUAAAUUUAAAGAGGCUGUAUGCAAAGGAGGAAGCAUGAUAAAGGCAGCAUCUUCCCAGGAUCCAUGGGCUCUUUGAGAGAUGAUCAGAGGGAGGCCAGAUGAUCUGCACAACACGCACACCACUGUUUCUCGUCCCCAAAGGCAGCAUCGGAGUGUUCUCCCCAGCCCCGCGCCCCCCGGCUUGCCCGAUCGUUUCCGUAUGUUUCGCAGCUGUGAGUGGGAGGUCCUGGAGCGAUCCCUCCACAUCCUCCAGGCCAGCGACUUCUACUGGGGCCCCUUGUCUGUGGGGGAGGCUCACGCCAAGCUCCAGCGGGAGCCCGUCGGCACCUACUUGGUGCGGGACAGCUCGCAGGGGAACUGCUUGUUCAGCCUGAGCGUGCGGAUGCCAACGGGGCCUGUCAGCCUUCGAAUCUCUUUCCAGGAGGGUUAUUUCCGCCUGAAGAACUGGUUUUCAGACUGCGUGGUCCGGCUGCUGGAGCUGGUGGUGGCGGGGACCCGGAACAACCCCUUGCACUUUGAUGAGAUGGGGGGAACCCCCCUGGUCUUCUCCGAGCCCCUGUGCCGGAGCCGCCGGGCAGUGCCCACGCUGCGAGAACUGUGCUGCCGGAGCCUGCCUGCCAGCGCUGCCGUGGGGGACACAGCAGGACAGGGGGGCUCCUCGGGUUUGUGCCUGAGAGAGGAGGUGGUCUCACCCCUGGGUGGAAGAGGAGGGUCAGAGGGGAGCAUCAUCCCCGGCCCCUCUCCAUCAUGGGCUGGGAGAUGACACCAUGUGUCUGGGAGACGAAAGGAGGUGCCUGUUACAUGGCUGUGCUGGUGGGAUGCCUGCCACGCUGGUGGGGCUGGACUGGCUGCUGGGAGAGGAAGGGGAGGGCAGGGGGAGCAGGGCUGGAGCCCGCUGGCUGUGACGGCUGUGUCCUCGUACGUGCACAGCGUGUGUGACCUUCCCCAGAGAUGCCUGGGGUAAAGCCAAAUCUGAAGAGCAGAGAUUUUCCCCCAGCCAUCAAGUCCUGCUCAUUGCUCCAUUUGUAACGUAUAAGCUUGAGAAGAAGGUGAGUUGCCUGUCCUCCCAGGUCAGCCCUGUGUUUUCCUCUGCCCUGAAGUGCCCAAGCUCGUUUCUGCUACAAAUCUGCCCUCAUGGUGUGCCUGAGCCCAGUCCCACAGCUGUGCAGCUUGGGCAUCGGUGGUGCCGACCGGCUACCUACGUAGCUGCAGCAGAGCAAGAGCACGUUGUGCUCCUUGCAGCACGGAUGUGAUGCCCACCACUCCAGAGGCCAAUAUUUGCACAAGAGGGGAACCAUUGCAGCCAUGUACAAUACAUGCAGCUUCACUGGCUUUUGCAUUGCUUUGUUUGAACAGAUUUUUGGGAGCGCAGAUGAGUUACGUUAUGCUAAGGGCGUGGUAUUCUUGCAGAGGUAACGCUCAUCUGGAGAGUCGGGUCUGCUCCCAGAGGGUGUGAACGGAUGGGAUCCAGUGCCCUUUCUUGUGCUCAUCUCACAGUGUGCUGCUGCCAUCUACAGGAAAUAAAGACAUUUUGGUUUUGCCUUAAAAAGGGCAAAAAAAAUUUUAUACAAUACUUUUUUAAAAAUGUAAUAAAUGUGGUUUUUUAUACUUA